AUGUCGUCUACUGAUAAAGGCAGUAUACCAGUUAUCGAUAUAUCAGGUUCAGUACUUGAAAAUGCAGAAGUUGCUAAACAGCUUGUGGAUGCUGCAUCAACCUUUGGCUUCGUUUAUAUAAGAAAUCUGGGGAAAGAUAUCCCUGUCGAUGCCAUUGAGAGGACCUUUGAGCUGUCUCGGAAGUUCUUUUCUUCUCCAAUUGAGGAGAAACAAGCAUGCAAAAUUACGGAGAAUAAUAGGGGAUGGUCUGGGAUGCAUACCGAGAGUCUAGAUGGAAAGAACCAAAGGGUUGGAGAUUUCAAAGAAGCAUUCAAUUUAGGCGACUUUGUGGAUGGAAAAGCUGAACAACCUCUCCCACCGUCGUUAUCUCCACACGAAACAGAGCUCAACGAGUUUCAACUCUACUGUCAUAAACUUUGUCUCAAACUGCUUACGCUUUUCGCUAUUGGUCUCGAGAUUGACCCCGCAUCCGGCGGCUCCACCUGGUUUUCCUCCCGUCAUCACGGCGGUACCACAGGAUGUGUCCUCCGCCUCCUCUAUUACCCUUCCUUGCCUCCAGAUUCCGAUUAUCAACCCGAUGUUGAUAUCCGAGCUGGUGCGCAUUCGGAUUAUGGAUCUAUUACUCUUCUUUUCCAACGACCCUCUCAGCCAGGUCUCGAAAUUCUCCCACCUUCCUCCACUUCCGAGCCAGAAUGGACCCCUGUUCCUAUUCAACCCCCUCCGACGGAAUCUGAUCCCUCCCCUCCAAUUCUCGUAAACAUAGGCGAUCUCCUCUCCCACUGGACCAACAACUUCCUAGUAUCCACCGUCCACCGCGUAAUAUUUCCCAAAUCAAUCCUCCCAUCAGAAAUAGCAGAUCGAUAUAGUAUUGCCUAUUUCUGUCAUCCAGUAGGUUCGACAGUGUUGGAAAGUGUGCCCAGUGAACGGGUCAAGAGAUUUGGGGAGGAGAAUGGAGAGGGGGAAAGGAAGAAAGGGGAGAGAAUUACGGCGGAUGAACAUUUGAUGGGGAGGUUGAGGGCUACGUAUUUGGGUAUGUAUGGGAAUGAAGAUGGAGAUGUGGAUGAUGGAAAGAACAAGUAA